ACACUGAGCAGCCACUGCCUCUCCACCUGGCCAGGCUGGCCAGCCACGGAAUAAAGUGGCUGCGCAGGGGCAGAAUGGUGAGAGGAGGAGCGUGGGGAGGUGGUCCCAGGGCUCCCCACUCCAGGAGGGGUCCCCUCUCCCACCGCGGCCUCCUCCUGCCCCCCCAUGGGUGCAGGCAGCCGGUUCAUCACCACGCCGGGACCCAGGGGCACCCAUCCCUGCCUCCCUCCUUCCCCGCCUGCCGCGGCUCGGGCGGCUCCAGGGGCGGUGCCGUUGGCGGCGGGCGGCGCCGGCGGCGGCGGAGGGCGGUACCGGCCGGCGCGGGCGGCCAUGGAGGGCAGCGGGCGGCGGGUGGUGGCGGUGGGCGCGGGGCUGGCGGGGCUGGGGGCGGCCCAGCGGCUCCGCGGACACGGCUCCCUCCGCCUGCUGGAGGCGGCGGGCCGCGCCGGCGGCCGCGUCUGCACCCGCCCCUUCGCGUCGGGGCUGGCGGAGAUGGGGGCACACUGGAUCCACGGCCCCUCGCCGGGAAAUCCCGUGUUCUGCCUGGCCUCCCGCUACGGCCUGCUGGGCCCGGAGGCCGCCCGGGAGGAGAACCAGCAGGUGGAAGCGGGCGGCCACCCCCCGAUGCCGUCCGUCACCUACGGCAGCUCGGGGAAGGUGCUGAACCCCGAGGCAGUGCGCGAAGCCCGCGACCUCUUCUACGCCCUGCUGGCCUCCACCCGCGCUUUCCAGGGGUCCAAGGAGCCACCGUGGCCCAGCGUGGGCCAGUACGUGCGGGCAGAGAUCGCCCGGACCGUGCCCACGAUGGCGGGGGGCCAGGAGGGUGCCCGGCAGCUCCAGCUGGCCGUGCUGGCCGCCUGCCUCAAGCUGGAGUGCUGCAUCAGCGGGACCCACAGCAUGGACCUGGUGGGGCUGGAGCCCUUCGGGGAGUACGUGUCGCUGCCCGGCCUGGACUGCACCUUCCCAGGCGGCUACAGCAGCUUGGCCGAGCGCCUGCUCUCGGAGCUGCCCGAGGGCACCGUGCUGUUCAACAAGGCAGUGAGGACCAUCCAGUGGCAAGGGUCCUUCCGUGAGGAAGGGGACGAUGCCAGGGUUUUCCCCGUGCGGGUGGAGUGCGAGGACGGAGAUGCUUUCCUUGCUGACCACGUCAUCGUCACCGUCCCGCUGGGUUUCCUCAAGGAACGGCACCAGGAGUUCUUCCAGCCGCCCCUUCCCGAGCGGAAAGCGCAGGCCAUCCGCAACCUGGGCUUUGGCACCAACAACAAGAUCUUCCUGGAGUUCGAGCAGCCCUUCUGGGAGCCCGAGCAGCAGCUCCUGGAAGUGGUGUGGGAGGACGAGUCGCCCCUGGAGGAGCCCAGCGCCGACCUGGAGGCCAACUGGUUCAAGAAGCUCAUCGGAUUCGUGGUGCUGCAGCCGCCAGAGCAGCAUGGGCACGUCCUGUGCGGCUUCAUCGCGGGGAAGGAGUCGGAGCACAUGGAGACCCUGAGCGACGCCGAGGUGCUGGGCGCCAUGACCCACGUCCUGCGCACCAUGACAGGCAAUCCCGCCCUGCCCGCGCCCCGGAGCGUGCUGCGGUCCCGCUGGCACAGCGCUCCCUACACCCGCGGCUCCUACAGCUACGUGGCCGUGGGCAGCUCGGGGGACGACAUCGAUGUGCUGGCACAGCCCCUGCCCGAGGACCCCCGCGACCCCCGGCCCCUGCAGCUCCUCUUCGCCGGCGAGGCCACGCACCGCACCUUCUACUCCACCACCCACGGGGCGCUGCUGUCGGGGUGGCGAGAGGCCGAGCGCCUCAACCAGCUCUUCCAGGCGCCCGUCCCCGCAGCAAAAUAAAGCCCGGUGCUUUGCC